AUGGCUUCAAGCGACCUCUUUGUAACGAGUUUUACUCUCCAAACAAACACGACUGGCGUUCCACUCUGGGCAACUCUGAAACGCUACAACAAGACAAAUCCAGCUCUGCAGAAGACUCAAUCCGGUUGCGUGCUCAUCUUUGCGCACGGGGUAGGAUUCCACAAAGAACAGUGGGAGCCCACUAUAAGCCACCUGUUCAAGCUCGACACACAAAAUACUAUUCGCGAAGCUUGGACAGUAGACUGCCAGAAUCAUGGUGAAGCAGCUAUUCUCAACGAGAAGGUUCUCGUAGAACGCCGAGGGAUAUUGUCUAUCUAUGACUACGCUGAGGCCUUGGUCAUUCUUCGCCGUGAUCUUCUAGGAGAUUCCAAUCCGGAGUAUAGUCGAAAGGACAGAUUUAUUCUCAUCGGUCACUCCGCAGGUACUGUGGCUUGCGUGAUGGCGUUGGCGUAUUUCAAUCCUCCCAGCAACAUCAUGUUUGAUAGUCUUGUCCUUGUUGAGACGCCAAUACACCAUCCGUCCGCUGAAGCCCAUCAUACCGCGAUGUUCAAGGCGUUUGCUGCCGUCAACAAUCGUCACGAUAUUUGGCCUAGCCGUGAGGCCGCUAAGGCUUGGCUUGGUAAGCGUUUUCCCUGGAAAAGUUGGGACCCGGAAGUCCUAGAUAUCUACGUAAACCACGGUCUACGUCCGUUGCCGACGGCGUUCUACCCCGACAAGACCGAUGGAGUCACCCUGAGCGCCACAUGGGUGGACGAAAAUGCCGCAUAUUCAAAAGAUGCCAAAACCUCGUUUACGGCGCUUUGGAAUCUGAACACGCUCUGCGGUGUUGUACCGAUUCAUCUCGUCUACGGUGCCAGGAACGAUCUUAUGUCGCGCGAAAUUCAAGACUCGAUUGUCGACGCCAGUCAAGGACGAACUUUCGCUUCUAUAACUCGAGUUCCAGGAACAGGACACUGGGUUUUACAAGAAGCACCGAAAAAGAUGGCGGACGCAUUAUGGACCAUUCUAACUGCUCCAAUUCCACUUCACAGGCUGUAG